GGGACUUUGCAAACGAAAAAAACGCUUACACAUAAAAAUCUUGUUUUUCUCUUCUUCCCUAGAUUCCAUCCCUGACCUGUCUUCUUCACAUAAACUCACUCUCACUGCACCGUCCAAUUCUAAGUUAAACAAAAAAAAUCCUGUCCGGUCCAUUCAAUCGUACGAGAAAACUCUAGUCAGCUCAAUUUGCAGGUUUCUUUUGUGUCUCUUGCAAAACCUAGCUCGAAUGUUAAAUUUAGUAGUAGCUGCUGUAACUACGAAAUGUUGAAUUAGCGUAGCUGAAGAAUGCCGGGGAUUCCUUUAGUCACUCGUGAAACUUCCUCGUACAGUCGAAGCACGAUAGAUCAGAUGUGCCGUGAAGAUGCACGUGGUGGUGGUGUUUUGCAUUUAACUGAAGAAGAAGAAAUUGCUGCCGAAGAAAGUCUUUCGAUUUAUUGCAAGCCUGUUGAGCUUUAUAAUAUUCUUCAGCGUCGCUCGAUUGGAAAUCCGUCAUUUUUGCAAAGAUGUUUGCUGUAUAAAAUACAGGCCAAGAAUAAAAGAAGAAUACAAAUGACGAUUUCCAUGCUUGUGACACUAAAUGGAGUUGUACAAUCGCAUAAUAUAUUUCCCUUGUAUGUUUUGUUGGCAAGGCUUGUAUCCAACAUUGGGGUUUUAGAGUAUUCUGCAGUAUAUCGCUUUAGUCAACCAUGUGUUUUGACCGGCUUUGCUGGAGUUGAGGGUAGUACUCAAGUACAAGCGAAUUUCAUUCUCCCUGAGAUGAAUAAGCUAGCAUCAGAGGUCAAAUCUGGCUCACUGCAUGUCUUGCUUGUCAGCUUUGCUGGGGGCCAAAGUUCUAUGCAUGGAAUCGAUUUAACCAAGGGUCAUUUGGAAAAUGUUGGAGGAUGCUGUAUAUUGGGGAAGAUACCAUUAGACUCGCUAUGUAAUUUCUGGGAGAAGUCACCAAAUUUGGGUUUGGGACAAAGAGUGGAGGUGACAUCUCCUGUUGACAUGAAUGCUUGUUUCUUGAAGUUGAAUUGUUUGACCGAGGACAACUGUGUUUUAAUUCAAAUUCCAUUUAAUUCUGAAACUGUGAAUACAUCACAGCUGCAAGUCAACAUUUCUGCAGAAGAGGUUGGAGCUAAGGAAAAAUCUUCAUACACAUGUAGUGACAUGUCUUCUUCAUCUUCGUCUCAUGUUAUUCGGUUGAGGGCGGGAAAUGUCAUUUUCAACUAUAGAUAUUAUAAUAAUAAGUUGCAAAAAACUGAAGUAACUGAAGACUUUUCCUGCCCAUUUUGCUUGGUAAAAUGUGCAAGCUUCAAGGGUCUGAGAUAUCACUUGCCCUCGUCACAUGACCUCUUCGACUUUGAAUUUUGGAUAACUCAAGAAUUUCAAGCUGUUAAUAUAUCUGUGAAAACUGAUAUUUGGAGAUCCAAGACUGUUGCAGAUGGUCUUGAUCCAAAACAACAGACCUUCUUUUGUUCAAAGAAACCAAAGCGCAAAAGACCCAAGAACCUUAUUCCAAAUGCAAAGAAUGCACAUGACAAGACUCUGAGCAGGCAACGGGGAGCCGGUGAGCUUCUUGACAAGAUUGGUGGUGGGAAGGAUUUGCCAACAACUAGCAUGUGUGGCACAGAGUAUGGUGAACACAAUCUUUCCAGAUUUUAUGUUUCAGGGGUAUCGGGGUCUGCAGCACAAGCAUAUCCUGAUGCUGAAUGUGUUCAAAUGGUACCUGGAAAUAAUCUUGCACCCCCUGCCAUGCUACAGUUCGCAAAGACUAGAAAAUUAUCAAUUGAAAGGUCUGACAUGAGAAACCGUAUGCUCCUUCACAAACGACAAUUUUUUCACUCACAUAGAGCUCAGUCAAUGGAAAUUGAGCAAGUUAUGUCAGAUCGGGAUAGUGAGGAUGAAGUUGACGAUGAUGUUGCGGAUUUUGAAGACCGAAGGAUGCUUGAUGAUUUUGUAGAUGUGACUAAAGAUGAGAAACAAAUGAUGCACUUAUGGAACUCAUUUGUGAGGAAGCAGCGGGUGCUUGCAGAUGGACAUAUCCCAUGGGCAUGUGAGGCCUUCACAAGAUUGCAUGGACACGACCUUUUCCUAGCCCCAACUCUGAUGUGGUGUUGGAGAUUAUUUAUGAUCAAACUGUGGAAUCAUGGUCUACUUGAUGCACGUACGAUGAACUUGUGUAAUAUGAUUCUCGAACAAUACCAAAAGCAGGACUUGGAUCCUAUGAAAAACUAGAGACACGUGGUGUUUUUGCAUGGACAAGGAGGAAUAAAAUUUUCUUUCCCAUCUA